AUCACGUCUCGUGGUGUAAAAACUUUGCAUUCAGCACCACUAGAUAUAGGCCGUGUUUAUUAUCAUUCAGUACGUCUUGCUUGACACGCGUGUUUAGUGAAGAAUGUGGUACGAACUAUGGACACUCGUUUUGGUUACUGGUUUCAUACCGUUAAGUGAAAUGGCAAUGUUACGGUGUUAUCAAGGGUCUAUGGAUAAUUACACAACAUUCUCACUGGAUGACCCAACGUCUGUACUGAAGUCCUCAUGUUUCGAUUCAUCUCUACCUACCAUAGUGUAUACAUUUGGAUACAGAGGGAAAUGCACUGGUCCAGCAACCUCAGCUAUGCUAAACGGUUACAUUGACACAAAGAAACGAAACGUCAUCCUACUAGACUGGGAAGAGGAAGCUAAAAGUAAAAUUCUCGGCAUAUCUUUGAGUUACGCCGUGUUUGCAAUACCCAAUAGUAAACGGGUAGGUCAGGAGCUAGGCGCAGCAAUCUUAAAACUUUAUAAAGCUGGGCUUGCCAUGGACACCCUUCACCUCAUUGGUCAUUCACUUGGAGCGCAUCUUAUGGGCUACACAGGAAGAUGGAUUCGCGAGCAAGGAGAGGUCAUACCAAGAAUAACAGGCUUGGACCCAGCGAGAGCUUUAUUCGAAGGAAUUUUAGCUACUCAAACCGGAUUAGAUCGAACCUGUGCAAAGUUCGUAGACAUUGUCCAUACGAAUUCUGGAAAUUAUGGUACCACCAAGUCUGUGGGUACAGUAGACAUCUGGCCCAACUACUCCUCAGAUGGUAUGCAACCUGGAUGCCCCAGAGGAUCACACCCUAUGUUCAGUUGGGAUGACCUAUGCAGUCACAAUAGAGCCGUCGAAUAUUUCGCGGAAUCGUUGAAGAAUGGAACUGACUUUCCUGCAGCUUCAGCUUCAUCGUAUGACAGCUGGAUUAUCUCUGACGAACCUUCAAACGACACCAUUUAUUUAGGCGAACUAGUCAAUAUUCGCUCUCGGGGGAAUUACUACUUAUCAACAAAUGGUCAGUCUCCAUACCAUAAAGGCCUAGGUGGACUUAUCCCCCACGAUCAGGAAAGAAAACGAAGACAUGUGUCGGAAAUGUAUAGUUUAAUGGGAAUUCUGGAAGCAUUGAUUGGCUUUUGAUAAGCAAAUUGCCCCAACGUAGAACAAUGUCGAUACGAAUGGUUUUCGAUUUUAAUAAGAAUAUCUGUUUGUAGUGUGAUUUAGAUUUUAAAUAGAAACUUAACUUUUUUACAGUCAUUACCAAAGGAAUUGUAUUUCCAAAACUUGUGCCAUUAAUUGAUGUAUUGAAUAUUUGAAAAAAAAAACUGGGA